AAGCGGGCGAGGUGGGCAGGGAUUAGAGAGAAACAGAGAGGGAGUCCUGUGGCCCCAGAACCGGAAGCUCAUUUCAUGCAUCAGUCCCCAGAGCUCGGCUUCCGCCCCCGGCUUCCCCUUCUGCCCCAGCCCUGAGCACGGCUGGGGCAUGAGCCUGUCUCAAGGCAGGUCCAGGUGCCUCCUGAUGCCAAGAUGCUGCUCCCAGUGCUGCUGUCCGUGCUGUUGGGCGGCGAAUGGUGGCAGGCUUGGGAUCCAGGAUUCCAGCUGGAAGUGCCAGAGUUGGUGACAGUGCAGGAGGGCCUGUGUGUCCUGGUGCCCUGCACCGUCACCUACCCCAAAAUUGCGUGGGUCGACUCUACCUCAGCUUACGGCUACUGGUUCAGAAAAGGGACCGAAAAGACCACUGCUGAUCCAGUAGCCACAAACGAACCAAAUACAAAGGUGCAAACGAGCACCCGGGACCGAUUCCAGCUUGUUGGGAAUCCCCACAACUACAGCUGCUCCUUAGUCAUUCGAGAUGCACGGAAGGAGGACACGGCAGCGUACUACUUUCGGGUGGAGAGAGGACCCUACGUGAAAUACAAUUUCAAGUCAUUCUUUCUGAAUGUGACAGCCCUGACUUGGAAGCCAGAUGUCUACAUCCCAGAUACCUUAGAGCCUGGGCAGCCAGUGACAGUGAUCUGUGUGUUUAACUGGGCCUAUGAGGGGUGUCCAUCUCCGGCUUUCUCCUGGACGGGGGCUGUCCUCUCCUUCCAAGAAACCAAACCAACGACCUCUUACUUCUCUGUGCUCAGCAUCACACCAAGCCCCCAGGACCAUGACACCAACCUCACCUGUCAGGUGGACUUCUCCAGAAAGGGUGUGAGCACACACAGGACCGUCCAAGUUAGUGUAGCCUAUGCCCCCAAAGACCUUGUUCUCAACAUAUCCCAUGACAAUGCACCAGCCCUGCAGUUCCAAGGAAAUGUCCUAUCACUGGAAGCCCAGAAAGGCCAGUUCCUGCGGCUCCUCUGUGCUACUGAUGGCCAGCCCCCUGCCACGCUGAGCUGGGUCCUGGACGACAGAGUCCUGUCUUGGUCCAGCCCCUCAGGCCCCAGAACCCUGGGGCUGGAGCUGCCCGGGGUGAAGGCUGGUGACUCAGGGCGCUACGCCUGCCGAGCAGAGAACAGGCUUGGCUUCCAGCACCGCAGCCUGGACCUCUCUGUGCAGUAUCCUCCAGAAAAUCUGAAAGUGAUGGUUUCCCAAGCAAAUAGGACAGUCCUGGCAAACCUCAGUAAUGGCACAUCCCUCCCAGUCCUGGAGGGCCAGAACCUACGCCUGGUCUGUGUCACCCGCAGCAAUCCCCCAGCCAGGCUGAGCUGGGCCCAGGAAAGACAGACCCUGAGCCCCACCCAGCCCUCAGACCCUGGGGUCCUGGAGCUGCCUCGGAUACAAAUGGAGCAUGAAGGAGAAUUCACCUGCCAGGCCCAGAACCCGCUGGGCUCCCAACACGUCUCUCUCAGCCUCUCUGUGCACUACCCCCCACAGCUGCUGGGCCCCUCCUGCUCCUGGGAGGCUGAGGGUCUACACUGCGGCUGCUCCUCCCGAGCCCAGCCACCCCCCUCCGUGCGCUGGCAGCUUGGGGAGGGGCUGCUGGAGGGGAACAGCAGCAACGCCUCCUUCAUGGUCACCUCCAGCUCAGCUGGGCCCUGGGCCAACAGCUCCCUGAGCCUCCACAGGGGGCUCAGCUCUGGCCUCAGGCUCAGCUGCGAGGCCUGGAAUGUCCACGGGGCCCAGAGCAUCAUAGUCCUGCUGCUGCCAGGGAAGCCAGAGCCUGGGAAAGGAUUAGGUCUGGGGGCUGUUGGGGGAGUUGGCGUCGCUGCUCUGUUCUCUCUCUGUUUCUGCCUCACCUUCUUCAGGAUGAAGACUUGCAGGAAGGAAGCCGCCAGGACAGCAGCUGCUGAGAAAGAGGCCCCCUGUGCCCUGAGUCCCAUCCCCUGGGGUUUCCGACAUAAGUGCUCACCAAACAGCUCCCCAGACCACCUGCCCUCAGCUGCAGCCACUCCCUCCUUGGGGGAGGAGCAGGAGCUCCAUUAUGUCUCCCUCAGUUUCCUCAGGCCGAGGACCUGGGAGCCUCAGUACCAGGAGGCCACCAGCAUCACAGAGUACUCAGAGAUCAAGAUCCGAAAGUGA